AGCAGAUUACUAGAGACUGACAUGGACUACGAAAGACCCAACGUUGAAACCAUAAAAUGUGUGGUAGUUGGCGAUAAUGCAGUGGGAAAGACUCGCUUAAUUUGCGCAAGGGCAUGCAAUACCACUUUGACACAGUAUCAGCUCCUGGCAACUCACGUACCGACCGUCUGGGCAAUUGAUCAGUAUCGUGUCUGCCAAGAGGUCCUUGAACGCUCCCGGGAUGUUGUUGAUGAAGUGAGCGUUUCUCUCAGACUCUGGGAUACUUUUGGUGACCAUCACAAAGACAGACGUUUUGCUUAUGGAAGGUCUGAUGUAGUUGUUCUGUGUUUUUCAAUUGCUAAUCCUAAUUCCUUGAAUCAUGUGAAAACAAUGUGGUAUCAAGAAAUCAAGCACUUUUGUCCUCGCACACCUGUUAUUUUGGUUGGCUGCCAACUGGAUCUUCGUUACGCUGAUCUUGAAGCUGUUAAUCGAGCCAGACGGCCUUUAGCAAGGCCUAUAAAAAGGGGAGAUAUUUUACCACCAGAAAGAGGCAGAGAGGUUGCCAAGGAGCUUGGGAUACCAUAUUAUGAAACUAGUGUAUUUGACCAGUUUGGAAUUAAGGAUGUUUUUGAUAAUGCAAUCAGAGCUGCACUAAUAUCCAGGAGACACCUGCAGUUCUGGAAAUCACAUUUAAAGAAGGUCCAAAAACCUUUACUUCAGGCUCCAUUCCUACCUCCAAAGGCACCUCCUCCAGUUAUUAAAAUCCCAGAGUGUCCUGUAACCAGUAUGAAUGAGGCUGGAUAUUUGUUAGACAAUCCGUUGUGUGCAGAUGUUAUGUUUGUUCUUCAGGAGCAGAAUCACAUUUUUGCUCACAAGAUUUACCUAGCUACCUCCUCUUCAAAGUUUUAUGACCUUUUUUUAAUGGAAUGUGAAGAAUCUCCAGACUUCAGUGAAAUACAGUGUAGUACAGAUAAGACCAGUAGGGACUUCCUGUCUAGAACAAGUCAUCUUGAAACAGAUGAUGACAGUGAUGAAGCAAAUUUAAAAACUUUUGAUGCCAAACUUCCAGUACCAGAAACUGAUGGGACUUUAAAGAUGCUAGAACUUGAAACUGAAGAAACUAGUUCUACAAGGAGAGCUUUGUCCUCCUUGGGUAAAGGGUUUGUUAGUAUGCAUAAGGAAAUACAAAUCAACCCUGUAUCUAAUAGGAAAUGUCCUGUAACUGUGGUCAAGAUGGAUUCCUCUGUUCAGCCUGGGCCUUUUAAAACUGUUUUACAAUUUCUAUAUGCUGGGCAACUGGAUGAAAGUGAAAAAGAUCUGACAAGAUUAGCACAGAUUGCUGAAAUCUUGGAAGUAUUUGACUUGCGGAUGAUGGUGGAAAAUAUUAUGAAUAAAGAAGCCUUCAUGAAUCAAGAGAUUACUAAAGCCUUUCAUGUCAGGAAAGCAAACCGGAUAAAAGAGUGUCUUUGCAAAGGUACAUUUUCUGAUGUUACAUUUAAGUUGGAUGAUGGAAGCAUAAAUGCCCACAAGCCACUGCUGAUUUGUAGCUGUGAAUGGAUGUCUGCUAUGUUUGGAGGAUCAUUUGUUGAAAGUUCAAACAGUGAGGUUGUUCUUCCCAACAUAAACAAGACUUCUAUGCAGGCAGUUCUGGAUUAUUUGUAUACCAAGCAAUUAUCAUCGAGUCAGGAGCUGGACAUGCUUGAAUUAAUUGCACUGGCAAACAGAUUUUGCCUCCCACACUUGGUUGCACUGGCAGAGCAGCAUGCUGUGCAGGAGCUGACUAAAGCCUCAGGGAAUGGCAUUGGCAUAGAUGGUGAAGUACUCUCCUAUUUGGAAUUGGCCCAGUUUCACAAUGCUAAUCAGCUGGCAGCGUGGUGCUUGCACUACAUCUGCACCAAUUACAACAGUGUUUGCUCCAAAUUCCGCAAAGAAAUAAAAGCUAAGUCUCCAGAUAAUCAAGAAUAUUUUGAGAGACAUCGCUGGCCUCCUGUAUGGUACUUAAAGGAAGAAGAUCACUACCAGCGUGUUAAAAAGGAAAGAGAAAAGGAAGAUAUUGCACUGAAUAAACAUCAUUCAAAACGGAAGUGGUGCUUCUGGAAUGCCUCUGCUGUAGUUGCCUGA